CAUUUACUAUCCAUCAUGACUAUGAUCGUUUGCAAGUUCGAUCCCUUCUAUGUGGGACCCUGCCCACCCGGCUGCUGCGCGGGACCCUGUGGACCUUGUGGACCUUGUGGACCCUGUGGACCUUGUGGUCCCUGCUGUGGGCCCUGCGGUGGCUGUUCACCUUGUUGUGGCCCGUGCGGUGGCUGCUGCAGCUCUUGUCCCUGCGGCUGGUAAUGAGCUUGCUGGGAUCAUUAGGAACCUGAAGACUACUGCCGAAGAAAUAUGUUGCUGUUGGAAAAUUUAAACCUUGGCGAGGUUACAUCCAACACCUUUUGUAAUACCCAACUGCAAUAAAAUGCAUCUUCAAUCAUAAAA